AUGGGCCGGGCAAGGUGCAUGUCAUCUCCGGAGCUUGUGACGGUGAACCGGAUGUGUCAGGUCCUCCUGAGCAAGACCCAGGAACAGCAGGAGAUGAGGAACUUUCCAGGACCUUUAACUCGGGAGGGCUUGCACAAAGUGGACGCCAUUGACUUUGCCCGCCAGAGGGCGCUAGCCUGCAGCAAAGAUGACGACGUGCAGGACAGGAGCUCUGCUGCCCUCUUGUGGAACAUCCUGGUAUUGCUGUGCAGGCAGAACGGCCAAAUAGUCGGCUCCGAUGUGGCGGAGCUGCUGAUGGCGGGAUGGCGCUCGGACGGAAGCGUCGCGCCCGCCGAUGUGGCGCUUAUCGACUUCAGCGAGGACAAUGUCGCCCAGGCGCCUCCGAGCCUGGGAGACGACCUCCUGACGGGAAGCUGGAGUGCGGAGAUGUCUAAGAAAAGUCUACACGGCUACACUCAGCUGCUAUUGGCCGGGAGGAAGAAGGAGGCUCUCGAGUCGGCUAUGGGCGGCGGCCUGUGGGGACACGCCCUCUUCCUAGCCAGCAAAAUGGACGCGAGGUCCUACACCACCGUGCUGGACAGGUUCACCGGGCAGGUGAGCGCCGCCGACCCGCUCCAGACCCUCUUCCAGCUGCUGUCAGGCAGGAUCCCAGCCGUCGCCACGUGCUUUGGCGGUCUCGACCGGGCCAACUGGCGCCCUCACCUGGCCGUGAUGCUGUCCAACGAGACAGGAGACCCCACCCUCCGGCGGCGAGCCGUGGUCGCCAUGGGAGACACGCUAGCCUCCCGAGGCCUGCUGCACGCCGCCCACGUCUGCUACCUGACGAGCGGCGUUCCUUUCGGCGCCUUCGGCGAGACGACGGCCAGGAUGGUCCUGCUGGGCCGUAGCCACAAGGACACCUUUCGGCGCUUCGCCUCCGACGCCGCCAUCCGCCGCACCGAAAUAUACGAGUACUGCCGGACGCUCGGCGCCAAACACUUUUCCAUCCCGUCCUUCCAGGUCUUCAAGUUUCUGUACGCAACUCGUCUUCUGGAUUGUGGACUGGCUUGUCCGGCGUUCCACUACUGCGAGGUUGUGGGCCGGACCCUCCUCACGCAGCCAGGAGGCUUCCGUGUUCUGACGGAGGAGCUCAUCAAGCUGGCCGAGCGCCUCACACACAUAGAAGGUCCAAUCAGUGCGGAGCCAAGAUGGCUGACAGAACUGCGGUCCAGACUCCAUCGUUUACUGGCGAGUUCACUUUUAUUGGAUGACUUUCUUUAUUACAUUUGA